AAUAUGGCUACUAAUCCUAUUAUUAGUGAUAAAAUAUUGAGGAAAGUUAAGAGAAAUUUCACAACGACUAGCAUUUGAUAUCUUCAUAAUGCAGGGUUAGGGUUACAGACCAAAAUGAACCAUACUCGUUCUUUGGUUAAAUCCAAAGAAGGAAAAAGAACAACUGAUAUUGAGGAGUUUGUGAAUCAUAAUGAUUCUUUUAAAAGCUCUUAUGAUGAACAUACAGAAGAGCUUUAUGAAAAUAAACUUAAGCCAGGAAAGUGGAAUACUCCCUUCUUUUCUCCAGGCCAUAAGCAAACUUCUCAGAAAAAUUCAGUAAGAGCAGAGAUGAAGCAUAGUAAAUCUUUGAAGUAUCAUGUGCUCUACAAGCAUGACAAUCAGAAGAAUGUUUUCCCAAAUUUAAAGUCUUGCUUUACUAAUGACCUUAAAGAGAAGAAAUCCUAUUCAAAAUUCAGGAAAGAAAUGAACUCUAGCCAUAAAAGCAAGCAGCCACCAUUUGGAAGUAGUUUUGGAAAAUAACGACACAAGAACCAAAGAAGAACACAAAUCAUAUCUAAAGUCCUUUUCGUCUUAUGGAUCAUUCUGUAAAAAUGAAAAUCCCAAUAGAGUUCAUCGAAACCUUAUUUGCUCUAGUAAUUUUAGAAAGAAAAAACAGAAUACAAAUGCAGCCAAGAUAGGCAGAAGGAGUGGAUCUCAGCCAAUUCUUAAGCUUCCAAAAAGAUCAGGAAAUGAAGAAUAUAUAAAGCUUUGUAAAGUCCCAGAAACUGUAGUUUAUCUAAAGAACUUUGUGACUCUUAAUAAGAAUGUUCUUGGGAGACUGAAAGAUGCUAAUAAACUGAAGGCUGUAGACUUCAAGCAUAAACUUUGGAAGCCUGAUUUAAUCAGAAACCUUGCCCUGAAGUGUCCAUCCUCGAAGCUCAAGAAUGCUUGAAAAAUGCCUCGCUCCUCUCUACGGCUUCGUACUAAAAUCCGGUCUUCCAAGCCCCAUCACCCACUUCUAUCCCCACAAACCCUCACCAAGAACCACCAGUUCAGUAUAAAGAAGAGACUGCAAGAGAUCAUGAACAUUCCAAUAAAAUUCUAAAAUUCAAAUUUAGUGAUUAUAUAAGGGGUUUUGGGGUUUUGG